AGCGGACGCUACUGCACACUCUGAGGCCCAUAGGCUGUGCGGGCAGGAGAGGAGUAGGCCGAAUUGCGCAUGCGUAGGAGCGCGGCUGAAACUUCGCCGCUGUGUGGGCAAGGGAGGCGUGGUCCUGUUUGCGCAUGCGCACGAGCGCGGCUGAGGGCUCGCAGCUGUGUGGGCAGGCGGGACGCGGGAGCGCCUGCGGGUGCGCAGGUGAGGUGGUCAUGGGUGGUGCUUUCGGUUUCGGGGUUGUCCUCCUCUGGUGCUGGCGGGGUGAAGAUGCUAGAUAGAGCCUUCUCGCAGUUUGCUUCGCGAGGUGAUGUAAACGUUUCAGUCAUACACAAGAGAGGAAGCAGGCAUGUCAGCCCUUUGUCCACCACCGUCUCCUGCAGUUGCUAAAACGGAGAUCUAUUUGAAUGGCGAGUCGCCUUUAUUAGCUGCCACUUUUGCUUACUGGGACAAUAUUCUUGGCCCCCGAGUGCGACAUAUCUGGGCGCCAAAGACAGAACAGGUACUUCUCAGUGAUGGUGAAAUAACUUUUCUUGCUAACCACACCCUUAAUGGAGAAAUACUUCGGAAUGCAGAAAGCGGUGCAAUAGAUGUGAAGUUCUUCGUCUUGGCAGAAAAAAGGGUAAUCAUUGUGUCAUUAAUCUUUGAUGGAAACUGGAAUGGAGACAGAAGCACAUAUGGACUAUCAAUUAUUCUUCCACAAAAUGAACUUAGCUUCUACCUGCCACUUCACAGAGUAUGUGUGGAUAGGUUAACACAUAUUAUAAGGAAAGGAAGAAUAUGGAUGCAUAAGGAGAGGCAAGAACAUUUCCAGAAGAUUGUCUUGGAAGGGACGGAGAGAAUGGAGGAUCAGGGCCAGAGCAUCAUUCCAAUGCUGACAGGAGAAGUCAUUCCUGUAAUGGAGCUCCUUUCAUCUAUGAAAUCACACAGUGUUCCAGAAGAAAUAGAUAUAAGUGACACAGUGCUUAAUGAUGAUGACAUCGGGGAUAGUUGCCAUGAAGGCUUUCUUCUCAAUGCAAUUAGUUCACACCUGCAGACCUGUGGUUGUUCUGUAGUUGUAGGAAGCAGCGCAGAAAAAGUUAAUAAGAUUGUGAGAACAUUGUGUCUGUUUCUUACACCGUCAGAGCGGAAGUGUUCCAGACUCUGUAGAAAUGAAUCUUCUUUCAAAUAUGAAUCAGGACUUUUUGUUCAAGGCUUACUCAAAGAUGCAACUGGAAGCUUUGUGUUGCCCUUCCGUCAAGUAAUGUAUGCCCCAUAUCCUACUACACAUAUAGAUGUAGAUGUCAAUACAGUGAAGCAGAUGCCCCCUUGUCAUGAACACAUCUAUAACCAACGCCGAUAUAUGAGAUCUGAGCUAACAGCAUUUUGGAGAGCUAAUUCAGAUGAAGAAAUGUCUCAAGAUCGUGUUAUUCACACAGAUGAGAGUUUCACACCUGAUUUAAAUGUCUUUCAAGAUAUCCUGCAUCGAGAUACAUUAGUAAAAACCUUCCUGGAUCAGAUCUUUCAUCUGAAGCCUGGCUUGUCUCUAAGGAGUACUUUCCUUGCACAAUUUCUGCUAGUCCUUCACAGAAAAGCCUUAACUUUAAUAAAAUACAUAGAGGACGACACGCAAAAAGGAAAGAAACCUUUUAAGUCUCUUCGUAGCUUAAAGAUCGAUCUCGACUUAACAACAGAGGGCGAUCUUAACAUAAUAAUGGCUUUGGCUGAGAAGAUUAAACCAGGUCUACAUUCCUUUGUCUUUGGAAGGCCAUUCUACACUAGUGUACAAGAACGUGAUAUGCUUAUGACGUUUUAAAGUUCUCUGCUGUUGACGUGCUAUAUUAAAGUCUUGCAUGGUACGAAAAGAAAUUUUUUGACAGAUUUUGUCAGUGUGACCACCAUGCUUGUGACAAUCAUUGACUUGACAGAGGAUGGAGCAUUAGGGGAACAGUGACGCUACAGUCUGUCCAAGGUAGGAGGGAGUCAUGUUAAACGCAAUAUCAACUUAGCUAGACAAGCAUGAUUUUAAUGAACCUGUAUCUUCCGUGUGCAUUUUUUAGCCAUAAAAGUAAAUGUUACCAGAGGUUCCUUUGCCAUCUGGGCUUGACAGAUAAAUUUGGACAGGUUUUGAUGUACAAUAAGAGGAAGCAUUUUCAUUUUCUUUCUGCAGAGACUUCCUUCAGGUGUGUUUUUUUCCCUGUUCUGCUAUGUCAGUAUUUUCAGUGUUUCCGCAGUAAAAUACAUACAUCCUCUCUGAUCAUGGAGAUCAUAGAAUUUGGGCCGUCCAAGACAUUCAAAGAGUUUUUGGAAGUAUUUAUUCUUAUGUAUGUGGUACAAAUCUAAAGUGUAUCUUUCCUCAUCUCACUUUUUAACGCCACUGGCUCCUUUAUUUAGAGCACUUAAAGGUGUUUGGGAUUUUUAAUAUACUUCAGAGUGCUAUUGUUGUGUGCAAACUGUUGACCAUUAGCAGCUUAAAUACCAGCACAUGGGAAUCAAAUCAUUAUUUAUGCAGCUUUGUGCAUACAAGUAGCAACAAAUAUGUUCUGUCACAGAUUGCUGGGCUAUCCUGCCGCAGAAUGUUCAGUGAUCCACCAUAACUGAGCUCUUCUCAAAACAGAAACCAGAAAAGUUGUCGCAUUCAGCAGAAGAUGCCAGUCUUUCGGACUUUAAACUGCUGCUGCUUUUCACACUUUCAGUUAAAAUAAGGUUCAGAUUAAAGUGUUAGACCUUUCCUGGUAGCCGAAGUAAAAGACGAAACUGUAAUUUUUUUUUCACACUACCAUUACUGUACUUACUAAUACUUAAUUCAGAAAGGAGCAUAGCUAUGAACUAAUUAGCACUAGUGAAUUCUAGUCAAUAAUCUUGCCAGUCUUCUUAGCUCAUCUUAGUGCAUCUCCAGGUUUGGUUUGCUUUGCUUGAAAAUAAAAACACAUUUUCUCUUUGUAUGCUUCAACCUUUUUUUCUCAGUAGCAUGUAGAGCAGUGUAGAGUCAAGGUUAAUCCAGACCCAUUUUUUGAGUUUUAGCCCGUGGUUGGUGUGUGCUGCAUUGAAAUCAAUAGUAAAUCAUGUUGUAUUUCUUCUCUUUUUGAACAAACAAAUAUUUUUGUGUCGUGUUUUAAUGUAACCUCAUAACUCCAUUAUGAAGGAGGCGCACUUCUGAUUCUAGAAGCCACUGUUCACAGUGUCAUCACAGUAUCAUCACAGUAUCAUCGUAUAGUUAGGGUUGAAAGGGACCUUAAAGAUCAUCUAGUCCCAACCCCCCAGCCAUGGGCAGGGACGUCCCACUAGAUCAGGCUGCCCAAGACCCCAUCCAACCUGGCCUUGAACAUCUCCAGGGAUGGGGCAGCCACAACUUCCCUAGGCAACCUGUUCCAGUGUCUCACCACUCAUUAUGAAGAAAUUCUUCCUAAUGUCCAGUCUAAAUCUGCUCCUCUCCAGUUUAUACCUGUUCCCCUGGUCCUAUCCCCACAAGCCUUUACAAAUAGCCCUUCUCCAGCUUCCCUGUAGGCCCCCUUCAGGUACUGGAAGAUGUUCUCUGAGCCUUCUCUUCUCCAGGCUGAACAGGCCCAACUCUCUCAGCCUGUCCUCAUAGGGAAGGUGCUUCAGCCCCCCAGUCAUCUUUGUAGUCCUCCUCUGGACCCAUUCCAACAGCUCCAUAUCCUUCCUAUGUUGAGGAUUCCAGAACUGGACACAGUAUUCCAGAUGAGGUCUCACAAAAGAGGAAUAGAGGGAGCAGAAUCCCUUCCCUGGCACUGCUGGCCACGCUUCUUUUGAUGCACCCCAGGAUAUGAUUGGCCUUCUGGGCUGUGAGUGCACAUUGCUGGCUUGUGUUGAGAUUCUCAUUGACCCGCACCCCCAAGUCCUUCUCUGCAGGGCUGCUCUCAAUCCCGUCAUCCCCCAUCAUGUACUGAAAACUGGGAUUGCCCUGACCCAGGUGCAGGACCUUACACUUGGCCUUGUUGAACGUCAUGAGGUUCUCACAGGUCCACUUCUCCAGCCUGUCCAGGUCUGUCUGGAUGACAUCCCAUUCUUCCAGUGUGGCAACUAAACCACUCAGCUUCAUGUCAUCCGCAGACUUGCUGAGGGUGCACUCAUUCUUGAUGUCAAUAUCAUUGAUAAAGAUAUUAAACAGCACUGGUCCCAGUAUGGACCCCUGAGGGACACCACUUGUCAUGGAUCUCCA